AUGACAACCGACGGCGCCAACCGAAUUGACGAUUCCUUCCAGCUGUACGAUUUACGCGUUGAAGUAGUCUGCCCGCCUGGAAAGCGCAUCAUGUGCGGAGCAAAGGAUGGAGACUACUUUAUACUCGAGGGGGAAAUGCUUAAGCUUCCACCUGGUCAAGGCAUAUCAAUUUAUUCACUUUGUGCCAUCACAUUGAAUCAGCGUGUCACUUCGCCAAACGACUGGAUAUCGACGGAUGCCGAAGUGGCCUGUCCUGACCCGAACUGUCCAAGCAGGCUGCGAAUCAUCAGAACCAGUAUACGGACAUACAAGCACGGAGAUGUCACGAUUGUCUCUCUUCGCGACAAAGAGAACGAAUCAAAAAAUUCGGCUUCAUAG